AUGAAAUUUUUAAUUGUGAUAUUUGUGCUGUGUGUUAUACAAAAGUUUUCUUUCGCACUAACAUCAGAAGAAAUACUCGACGUCACAGACGCAUGCUGUACACACGGACAAUCAUACGCUCAAAAUGCAGAAACAUGCGCAGGCGCACGUCCGCCAGAUGACAUAGAAGAUGAGGAAAAAGAAAUUUGUAAUAGUGCUUUAAAGAGUUGCUGCGAAGACCAGUUGCAGCAAAAAAAGGAAUGCGCUCUUGGAAUGAAAUUGGCAGAAUCAAAACAAUGCAACAGCCCAAACAGUGAUAUAGGAAAAAUGUGUUGCAACGAAUGCUCCUUCGGCCAGCUCUCAGGAGAGUCCCAAGGGAAGCUUGGCUGUGGAGAGCCCUCAGAGGACUUUUAUAGUCCUACGGCGACUUUAAGAAAGAACGCUUACUACCAAUGUUGUAUGGCGGCAGCUGAAGAACCAGAAACCACCACAAAGGCUAAAACAACAACACUAAAACCUGACGUCAAAGAGACGUGUAAAACAAACUCUUGUGAGCAUAUUUGUAAGGAAGACCGCGGUCGAAUACACUGCGAAUGUCGACAAGGAUUCAGGCUUCAACCAGAUAAUAAGUCUUGUAAAGACAUCAAUGAGUGCGCUGAAGCAGAGGAUGAUCUAUGUCUUGCGGCUGACACCGUGUGUCACAAUACGGAGGGCUCAUUUAGAUGUGUGCCCUUAAACAAGAGGGAGGUUGGUCUUAGCUGUCCUCCUGGCUUCAAGAGAAAUGUUGUCAACCAAGUGUGUGAUGAUAUAAACGAAUGCCAACUGCCGCGACCGCCAUGUCCGAAAUACCUUUGCGUAAACACAAUUGGUGGCUACAAGUGUUCCGGAAAACCUGGAAAACCCUUCGUAGAAGAAGUACCAGGUGUGACAACAGAGGCUGUGGUCACUCCAGCUCUGAGGAAUGAUAUCUGCCCUCCUGGUUUCAGGGCCGGUGACGAUGAUGAGUGUUUGGACAUUGACGAGUGCGGGGAAAGAUUGGACGACUGUCAACAUCUUUCCCAACAUUGUAUCAACACGCAUGGCAGCUACUUCUGUCAGGACCACGUCUCUAAGCGAUGCGCUCCGGGGUUCAAAGUUAACCCUUCUUCUGGAAUUUGUGAAGACAUAGACGAGUGCGAAGAAAGCCUGGAGGUGUGCAAGCGCAGCGAAGUGUGCGUCAAUCUACCUGGAGCUUACAAUUGCAAAUCUAAGAUUUCUACAUUGCCCAAGUUAGCAACAAAGAAAUGCCGAGAAGGAACGCGAGUGAGACCUGGGGGCUCAAUUUGCGAAGAUAUAGACGAAUGCAGAGAAGGAACACAUCUCUGUGACCAGUUUCAGAAUUGCAUCAAUACAUUUGGAGGACACGAAUGUCGCUGCAAGAAUGGUUUUGAACUAGAUUCUUCCUCGGGAUCUUGUAUUGAUAUAGAUGAAUGUGCUCUGAAAUUGGACAAUUGCGAAAGAGGCAUGACGUGUCUCAAUGUGCAGGGUUCUUUCACGUGCAGUCGUCGUGGUAUCACAACUACGAGCACCAAUGCACCUCCAAUUUAUGACUACGAAUAUUAUGAUUCGGAGGAGGAAGAAAAUAUCACUGAACCCAAACCAGAAACCACUUCAUCAACUACAACAACCACACCCCGUCCAACAACGACCACAACAACAACAACACCGCGUCCAACAACAACAUCUACAACAACCACACCCCGUUCAACAACGACCACAACAACAACAACACCGCGUCCAACAACAACGUCUUCAACCACAACUCGCAGACCGUACCAAAAUCCCAGGCGCUAUCCAUAUUAUCCCCGAACAACGUCAACUAGUCAACCUCAAAGAAGGCCAUAUUAUCCUAGAACUACAAGUACCACAGAAAUUCCAGAUGAAACUAAUACAGAAAUCCCUUCAAAGCCAGACAACCCUGAUGAUAAAUACCCGUAUAUCCCUAACCCUAUUAAUAAUAGAAGACCAGAUGAUUCCAACAAACCUACCACGGUACCAGUUGAAAGAAACCCAUACGAUAGAGAACCCGAGAAUAGACUUCCAAACAGAAGACCGCGGCCAAAUCCUGACACAGACAAGACAACAGAAAUACCAAGACCAACAGCACGAAGACCCGAUGAAAGACCGCACUUCUACCCCCGCAGACCUACAACCCUCACAGAAGUUACUGUAACAGCUCCUACAGAUAUUAAUACGAUAGAAAGAGACAGAACACCUGAGGGAGCUUAUGAUAUAGAUACCGGUAAUAUUCCAAAAGAUAAAUGGACAAAUGUCAUAGGAAAAGAUCCUGUGGAAUCCGAGUUUGAUCCCAUACUUAUUCAUUGUUUAAACGGAUUUGAAAGAAAUGAGAGAGGAGAAUGUAUAGAUAUCGACGAAUGUGAAGUAGGUCGCCAUAUUUGUAGUACGCUGGAAAUUUGCAAGAACAGACCCGGUGGUUACCAAUGUGACUGUAUAUCUGGAUUCACCAGGGACGGUUCAGGGUGGUGUGCACCCAUCAUUACCGCUCGGACCACUAGCACCACUCCUCGUACUACUAGUACAAGUAGUACAACAACAUCUACCACUCCAAGGACCACGGUUUAUGACACUGAGGUUACGACAGCGUCAACAACACCUGUAUGGCAUUAUCAGCCAAACGAAGGCGAUAGGCCACGAGCGUCAUGCAACCAAGGCUUCUAUUAUAAUUUCACUGAGAGAAGAUGUGUGGACAUUGAUGAAUGUUCGACAAGCAGAGCAAAUUGUUUACCAAAGGAGGAUUGUAUCAACACAGAUGGAGGAUAUCGGUGCGAAUGCGGCCGACAUUGUAGGGGAGACUUUAUACCUAGUUAUGUUCCCCGCGACCCAGAACCGAUGCCGGAGACCAAUAUUAUAACAGUCGGUGCUCAAUAUGGAAGACGAGGGUCUCGGUACAUGAGACCUACUUACACUCGUCUACCAGACACAGGAUCUAUUGUAGCAACGUGCUUGUGGGGGUACAAGUUGACUCCAGAGAAGCAUUGUAUCGACAUAGACGAAUGCGAACGUAAGGUCUCAGAUUGCGGUCCGGAACAAAAGUGUGAAAACUUCUACGGCGGUUACUCGUGUCAGUGUCCGGGCGGACAUCGCUUAGUCGGGAAACGAUGUGAGGAUGUCGAUGAAUGUAAAUUUGGAAAUCCGUGUUCCUACAACUCGAGAUGCAUAAACACAGUGGGUUCCUACCGCUGCGAGUGUGGUGAGGGAUUCCGCAACGCUCCUUCUAAUGAGAAGGUGUGCGUUGACGUAGAUGAAUGUGCGGAGUCAUCGUCCCUAUGUGAGCACUCCUGCGCAAACGCAUGGGGUGGUUACCGCUGCUAUUGUAAUAGGGGAUUUCGACUUAGGAGUGAUAAUAGGACUUGUGAAGAUAUUGACGAGUGUACUGAAGGGGGCAGCGCCAUCAGUCGACGUCUAUGCGGAGGACGAUGUGUCAACACCCCGGGAAGCUAUAAAUGUGCCUGCCCGUCCGGAUACCGGCUCGCUGAUGAUGCAAGGAGCUGUAUAGAUGUUGACGAGUGUGAAAAUGGAUUAGCUCAAUGUGGUCGCGAGCCUGGCUCAGUGUGUCAAAAUACGCGAGGAGGAUAUCAUUGCCAUAACAUACGAUGCCCACCAGGAUACAAACUGGAGGGAAAACACAAAUGCAGCCGAAUACAACGCUCGUGUCUCAUUUCUGACUGGGAUUGUUUGCAACGUCCUAGUACAUACAGUUACAACUUCAUCACUUUUGUGUCUAACAUCUUUUUACCGUUGGGAAGGGUGGACUUAUUCACAAUGCACGGCCCAGCAUGGCGGGAUUCGGUGGUCAGUUUUGAGAUGCGCAUGAUUGACGUCCAAGCCUCGCCCGGAGUCAAACCCACUGAUCUAUCUUGUUUCGAAAUGCGUCCGACCGGAAAUACGUGUGUCGUAUCCCUCCUUUGCUCACUUGCGGGACCUCAAGUUGCGGAACUGGAGCUCACAAUGUCGCUUUAUCAACGCGCGCAGUUCGCAGGAAGCGCUGUAGCCAGACUUGUUGUUAUAGUUUCUGAAUAUGAAUUUUAA